AUGCUGGAAUCUCAAAACCACAACGGGACCCUAUCAAGGGACGCCCUUGCAGCCCGAGCAAAGGGCUUCGGAAACGGAGUUCCCCUGCGAAUCAUGCCCCUGGGAGCCUCGAUUACCUUUGGUUUCGGGUCCUCGGACAACAACGGGUACCGAAAGGACAUACGCGACAAGAUCGAAGCCAACGGGAACAAGGUCAACAUGGUCGGGAACAACCCGUCGGGGAGCAUGAAGGACAACGACACGGAGGGCUGGAAGAGCUACACGGUGGACCAAGUGCACGACAAAGCCACCGCCUCUGUGCCCAAGUACAAGCCCAACGUGAUCCUCGUCAACGUCGGGACCAACGACUGCGUGCAAAACAAAGACCUGCCCAACGCGGGGAAGCGGCUGCAGAGCCUGCUCGACUCGCUGUACACCGAGUCGCCCAAGGCGACCGUCAUCCUUUCCACGCUGCUCGUCAACAAAGACGCCGCCGUGCAGGCCCGCGUCCAGGACUUCAACGCCCAGCUGCGCAAGGUCGCGAACCAGCUCCAGAGCGACAAGAAGCGCCUCGUCCUCGUCGACAUGCAGAGCGACGACGGCCCCGAGGUCGAAGACCUGAACGCCGACGGCACUCACCCCAACGACACCGGGUAUAGGAAGAUGGCCGAUGUGUUCUACGAGGGCCUCAAGGAGGCUGAUCGCAGGAAUUACUUCGUCGCGGCUGAUAAGGUCGACGGGCUCGCGGACGACGGCGCGUAA